UACAGCCAAAGAAAACGCGUGUGACCUCCGUAAUCGCGGAGAUGUGUUUAUCGCGAGACAGCGACCCUUCCUUUUUCCUUUCCACUCUGAGUCUAAGAUGGGAGUCGACAUCCGACACAACAAGGACCGUAAGGUGCACCGAAAGGAGCCCAAGAGUCAGGAUAUCUACCUGAGGCUCCUGGUCAAGCUGUACAGAUUCCUGGCCCGUCGCUCCACUGCUCCCUUCAACAAGGUGGUCCUCAGGAGGCUCUUCAUGAGCAGGACCCACAGGCCUCCGAUAUCGGUGUCUCGCAUGAUCCGUAAGAUGAAACUGCCUGGACGUGAGAACCGAACUGCAGUUGUCGUGGGAACCGUCACUGAUGAUGUCAGAAUUCAGGAUAUCCCCAAGCUCAAGGUGUGCGCUCUGAAGGUGACUGACGGCGCUCGCCGCAGGAUCCUGAAGGCCGGAGGUCAGGUCAUGACCUUUGACCAGCUGGCUCUGGCUGCCCCCAAAGGACAGGGCACCGUGCUGCUGUCAGGACCCCGUAAGGGCAGAGAGGUAUACAGGCAUUUUGGGAAAGCCUGUGGAACCCCCCACAGCCACACCAAGCCCUACAUUCGCUCCAAGGGCAGGAAGUUUGAGGCUGCUCGUGCCAGAUCCAGCCGUGGAUACAAGGCUAAAGAUUGGACUUCCUCCCCGCCGCUCAAACUAUCCAGCCCUCCAGUGUUUCAUACACGCUUCCUGGAGGAUAACCACAGAGCCUUCCUACGGAGCAAGCAAGCCGGGGAGGUAGAAUGA